AGAGUCGAGAUUCGAAAAAGGAGAAGAGAGAUGAGUGGCAGAGGAGGCCGAUGCUGUUCGAGAGACAAGAGAUACCACACUUUUACGCCUUGAGGAAGGACAUGACGGAGGUCCUCGAGGCCAUGGAGCAGAAGAUGUCGACCCUCCAGAACAUGGGGCCAUUAAAAGCGCUUGGGAUGGAUGGUUUAAAUGCUUUGUUCUUUCAGAAGAAUUGGGAGACUGUGGGCCCAUCGGUUCGCACCAUCAUUCGAAAAAUGUGGUGGGAUGGUGUGGUCCUGAGUCGCGUGAACCAAACCUUGAUCACCCUUAUUCCUAAAGUCGAGAACCCGAACACUAUCAAACAAUUCCGACCCAUAAGCCUUCUCAAUGUUAUCUACAAGCUUUUUACCAAAAUCUUGGUAAAUCGAAUGAAGCACACGUUAUCGGAUUUGAUCCACCCAGCACAGGCGAGCUUUGUCCCGGGCCGCCAUAUCACAGAUAAUAUCGUUGUGGCUCAGGAACUUAUCCAUUCUAUGCGUUGCAUGCGUGGGGCGAAGGGUUACAUGGUGAUUAAAGUUGACCUUGAGAAGGCCUACGACUAUUUGCGUUGGGACUUCAUCGAAGAAACAUUACGGCUGGCUGGUUAUCCUGACCAGUUAAUUAUAGCUAUUAUGCCUUGUAUUAGUUCGGCUUCGAUGUCCUUACUAUGGAACGGUUCGAGUGGGGAAGAGUUCUCUCCUACCCGCCCGUGGU